AUGACAGCUAUAAUCUUGAUCCAGGUGGUAUGCAGGGCAUCAGACAGUAUAGCCAAUUUCUAUAAACCGCUCCAUUCUGACUUAGAUAAAGGAGAGGGCACUGUAAAAUACACCCUCUCGGGAGAUGGCGCUGGCACCGUUUUUACCAUUGAUGAAACUACAGGGGACAUUCAUGCCAUAAGGAGCCUGGAUAGAGAGGAAAAACCUUUCUAUACACUACGUGCUCAGGCUGUGGACAUAGAAACCAGGAAGCCCCUGGAGCCUGAAUCAGAAUUCAUCAUCAAAGUGCAGGAUAUUAAUGAUAAUGAGCCGAAGUUUUUGGACGGACCUUACAUUGCUAGUGUUCCAGAAAUGUCUCCUGUGGGUGCGUAUGUUCUCCAAGUCAAGGCCACGGAUGCUGAUGACCCAACCUAUGGAAACAGUGCCAGAGUCGUUUACAGCAUUCUUCAGGGACAACCUUAUUUCUCUAUUGAUCCCAAGACAGGUGUUAUUAGAACAGCUUUGCCAAACAUGGACAGGGAAGUCAAAGAACAAUACCAAGUCCUCAUCCAAGCCAAGGAUAUGGGUGGACAGCUGGGAGGGCUAGCUGGAACAACAAUAGUCAACAUCACCCUCACAGAUGUCAAUGACAAUCCACCUCGAUUCCCCAAAAGCAUUUUCCACCUGAAAGUUCCUGAGUCUUCUCCUGUUGGCUCAGCUAUUGGAAGAAUAAAAGCUGUGGAUCCUGAUUUUGGACAAAAUGCAGAAAUUGAAUACAAUAUUGUUCCAGGAGAUGGAGGAAAUUUGUUUGACAUCGUCACAGAUGAGGACACACAAGAAGGAGUUAUCAAAUUGAAAAAGCCAUUAGAUUUUGAAACAAAGAAAGCUUACACUUUUAAAGUAGAGGCCUCCAACGUUCACCUGGACCACCGGUUUCACUCCGCGGGCCCUUUCAAGGACACGGCCACGGUGAAGAUCAGCGUGCUGGACGUGGAUGAGCCGCCGGUGUUCAGCAAGCCGCUCUACACCAUGGAGGUUUAUGAAGACACUCCCGUAGGGACCAUCAUUGGUGCUGUCACAGCACAAGACCUGGACGUGGGCAGCAGUGCCGUUAGGUACCUCAUAGAUUGGAAGAGUGAUGGGGACAGCUACUUUACAAUAGAUGCGACUGAAGGAACCAUCGCCACUAAUGAAUUACUAGACAGAGAAAGCACCGCGCAGUAUAAUUUCUCCAUAAUUGCGAGUAAAGUUAGUAACCCAUUGUUAACCAGCAGAGUCAACAUAUUAAUUAAUGUCCUAGAUGUCAAUGAAUUUCCUCCAGAAAUAUCUGUGCCAUAUGAGACAGCUGUGUGUGAAAAUGCCAAACCAGGACAGAUAAUUCAGAUAGUCAGUGCUGCAGACCGAGAUCUUUCACCUGCUGGACAGCAGUUCUCCUUUAAAUUAUCACCUGAAGCUGCCAUCAAACCAAAUUUUACAGUUCGUGACUUCAGAAACAACACAGCUGGAAUUGAAACCCGAAGAAAUGGAUACAGCCGUAGGCAGCAAGAGUUGUAUUUCCUCCCUGUAGUAAUAGAAGACAGCAGUUAUCCUGUUCAGAGCAGCACCAACACAAUGACUAUUCGAGUUUGUCGAUGUGACUCUGAUGGUACCAUCCUGUCUUGUAACGUGGAAGCUAUUUUUCUACCUGUAGGACUCAGCACUGGGGCUUUGAUUGCAAUCCUUCUGUGCAUUGUUAUCCUCUUGGCCAUAGUUGUGCUGUAUGUAGCUCUGAGAAGGCAAAAGAAGAAAGACACCUUGAUGACCUCUAAGGAAGACAUCAGAGACAACGUUAUCCAUUAUGAUGAUGAAGGAGGUGGGGAGGAGGACACCCAGGCUUUCGACAUUGGUGCUCUGAGAAACCCGAAAGUGAUUGAAGAUAACAAAAUUCGCAGGGAUAUCAAACCAGAUUCUCUCUGUUUACCUCGUCAGAGACCACCAGUGGAAGAUAACACAGACAUAAGGGAUUUCAUUAAUCAAAGGCUACAAGAAAAUGAUGUGGACCCCACUGCCCCACCGUAUGAUUCAUUGGCAACAUAUGCCUAUGAAGGCAACGGAUCAGUAGCCGACUCUCUUAGCUCCAUAGAGUCUCUGACCACGGAGGCAGACCAGGACUACAACUACCUGACAGAUUGGGGACCCCGCUUUAAAGUCUUGGCAGACAUGUUUGGAGAAGAAGAGAGUUAUAACCCUGAUAAAGUCACUUAGAGGAGAGGCAAAGGUUAAAACACAGCCAACAGAAAAAAUUUAAGGGAAAGGAACAUAAAUAGAAAUCACAUGCGUGCACAUGCACGCACACACACACGCACACACACACACACACACGGCUUUCUAGGACAAGAUUCCUUUGAUUAUCUGGUUUCUAGCAAGUUGCUAUAUUUAUCAUACUGUCAGUUUUGGUUUAUUCUGCCAACACAAGAUAAAUCCUCUAGUGUGUACUUGCUUGGUUUUGUUUUGUUCUUUUGGAAACACACUGAGACAAGCUCAGGCCUAUUCAAUACAAUUUACUGACGUGACAACCUAGAACGAAGAUAGCUAUGUGGCAUCACGGUGGAAGAGUGUUAGAUUUUUCUUAAUUCCACUAAAGUGCCUACUGAAACUCUUAUCAUUUAAAGCGGUGUAGAGUACUCUCUGCUGUGAUGGCAUUGCAGGAUUCAGACAUAGAGGACAUAAAACAAAGACACUGUCUUUAUGUCAAGGAGCAAUAGCAACAUGCCGACUUCUCAUUCCUUUUAAGGAAAGAAGAAGAAAACUUUCUGAACUCCAUCUUCUUAUAAUUAAACUGCUCUUUUUUCUUUUUUUAAAUGUAUGCCAAUAUAUAUUUGUUUUUUCCUGCCCUUUCAGAAAAUUGAAAUAAAUACAAUAAUAACAAAGUCAAUAUGUAAGUCCCAAAUUUUAAAGGCAAUGUUUGAUCUUAAUAUUAGUUCCUAUUAAAAGUGUUCAUGAAAAUGUUAAUUGUUUUCCAAAGAAAUAAAAUUUUUAAAAGAAAAAAAAAACUCUUUAUAAAAGAAGCCUCAGGCUGAAAUUCAGAUGAAAAUAAAUAUUGGUUUUGUUUUAAUAUUG